AACAAACAGAAACACACCGCUGCUUCUGCCCGCGCUUGCAGCAGCAGCUCAUUCAAUAAAAAUCCGUUUCAUUUAUUUGUAUUUGCUGAUUAAACAACAUAAGCUUGCAUUUGAAUAUAUUGAACGUGAUCAUUUUUGCGCGCAUGUCUUUGCGCGGCCCCUUUUUGCUAGCUGCUAACAGCUAACUGACUGACCGGGGCAAGGAAGCUCCUCCUGGGAUCAGAUUCUCACUCGAGCCCGGGGAGCCAGAGGCCUUCGUGCCGGUUUACAUCAAGAGGAGAGCAGAAUGUCAGACUCGGACAGUGAUGAGGAUCAGGAUCGGCCAUUCCACCUGACAGGGUUUCUUUUCGGCAACAUUAAUGAGAAUGGACAGCUGGAAGAUGACAGUGUGCUGGAUACGGAGUCAAAGAAGCACCUGGCUGGUCUGGGAACGUUGGGUUUGGGUUCACUCAUUACAGAGAUCACAGCCAGUGAGGAGGAAACAGCUGAGCAAGAGCAAGAUCAGAGCAGCACUGACGCUGAGGGAUGGGUAAGGAGCACCGAAGACGCAGUUGAUUAUUCUGAUAUCAGUGAAGUUGCAGAAGAUGAAACCCGCAAAUACAGACAGGCCAUGGGCAACCUGCAGCCAUCACGGAGAACAGAUGAAGAGGAUGACUAUGAUGCUGAUUGUGAGGAUGUUGAUGCCAAACUCAUGCCACCUCCCCCUCCUCCUACUCAACCAAUCAUGGCGAAGAAAGAAGAUGCGCCCACUCAGAACAGCAGUGUGACUGAUGAGGGUGAUGGUAUCAUCCUGCCUUCCAUUAUCGCUCCAUCAUCUGUGGGUGAUAAGGUUGAUUUCAGCAGUUCAUCGGACAGCGAGAGUGAGAGCGAUCGACCUUCUCAGGGUUCAGGGACAGGGAAAAAGGCAGGGUGUCUCACCCUCCCUCUGGCAGGCAUUAUGCAAAAAGAUGCUGCCAAAGCCCUGCCUGGAGUCACUGAGCUCUUUCCUGAGUUCAGACCUGGAAAGGUGUUGCGGUUCUUGCGGUUGUUUGGUCCUGGGAAGAACAUGCCAUCUGUAUGGCGAAGUGCCCGCAGGAAGAGAAAACGAAAGCAGAAAGAGCCACAGUCCGACAUGGCAGCUGCGGGUGACAGUGAAUCACAGCCAUCUGAACCAGGGGCUAAGAAAAAAUCAGGGUGGGACUAUGAGUAUGCACCACCUCCACCACCAGAGCAGUGUCUGUCUGAUGAUGAGAUCACCAUGAUGGCUCCGGUGGAGUCUAAGUUCAUGCAGGUGUCUGGUGAAGGUGAUAAAGUAUCUGAGAUGAGGCCAAAGGUGGCUGAGUGGCGUUAUGGUCCAGCACAGCUUUGGUAUGACAUGCUAGGUGUCCCGGAGGAUGGCAGCGGCUUUCAUUAUGGAUUUAAGCUUAAAGAUGACAAACAGGAAGAUACCGCUGAUGCAGUGGCAAAAGCGGCAAAUCCACCAGCUUCUGAACCAGUCACUGAAGAGGAACCACCACAAGAAUCACAGGAUGAGGCGGAUGAGGAUGCUCCAAUGCUGGAUGAGCUGUUUUUAAUGGUGACCCAACUGCAGUGGGAGGAAGAUAUUAUCUGGAAUGGAGAGGAUGUAAAACACAAGGGCACUAAAACUCAGCGUGCCAGUCUGGCUGGGUGGCUGCCUACUAGCAUGACCCGAAACGCCAACGCUUACAACGCUCAGCAGGGUCUAAGUCGCAGUAAUUCUCAGUUGGUGCCCCCAACCCCUCCUCCUUUGACCAAAACUCCAUCCAUAACAGGCUCCAAGAGAGACAAACAUAAUCAUGAUCAUCAGGUUUCUCAUGAGGAUGACACCCCAUGGUUCUCAAUAUUCCCAAUUGAUAAUGAGGAGCUUGUUUAUGGACGUUGGGAAGACAACAUCAUUUGGGAUGAUCAGAACAUGGACUGCAUCCCUUCUCCUCCUGUUCUCACUCUUAACCCCAAUGAUGAGAACAUCAUACUAGAGAUCCCAGAUGAAAAAGAGGAGAGAGCCUCACAUUCACCCUCCAAAGAAAAUAAAAAAGAGACAGCAUUGAAAAAAAGUCGGAUUCUGCUGGGAAAGACUGGCGUCAUCAAAGAUGAACCCCAACAGAAUAUGUCCCAACCGGAGAUCAAAGAUCCCUGGAAUCUGUCCAAUGAUGAGUUCUACUACCCCAAACAGCAGGGCCUCAGGGGCACAUUUGGAGGGAACAUCAUUCAGCACUCUAUUCCUACAGUUGAAUUGAGGCAGCCAUUCUUCCCCACUCAUAUGGGACCCAUGAAAUUACGACUGUUCCAUCGACCUUCCCUAAAGAAGUACUCAUUUGGAGCACUGUCCCAGCCUGGCCCGCACCCAGUCCAACCACUUCUCAAACACAUCAAGAAAAAGGCUAAGAUGCGAGAACAGGAGCGGCAGGCAUCAGGUGGAGGGGACAUGUUCUUUAUGCGCACUGCUCAGGAUCUGACAGGCAAAGACGGAGACCUGGUUUUGGCUGAAUAUAGUGAGGAAUAUCCUCCUCUACACAUGCAAGUUGGCAUGGCUUCUAAGAUCAAGAACUACUACAAAAGAAAACCAGGUAAAGACCCAGGCGCACCUGACUGUAAAUAUGGAGAGACUGUUUACUGCCACACUUCACCAUUCCUGGGAUCAUUACACCCUGGACAGCUGCUACAGGCAUUUGAAAAUAACUUGUUCAGAGCUCCCAUAUACCUACAUAAGAUGCCCGAGACUGAUUUCCUCAUUAUCCGGACAAGGCAGGGUUACUUCAUCCGGGAGCUUGUGGACAUAUUUGUUGUGGGUCAGGAGUGUCCUCUUUAUGAGGUGCCAGGACCCAACUCUAAACGAGCCAACACACACAUUCGAGAUUUCCUACAGGUUUUCAUCUAUCGUCUGUUCUGGAAGAGUAAGGAUCGUCCUCGCCGCAUACGUAUGGAGGACAUAAAGAAAGCGUUUCCGUCUCACUCUGAAAGCAGCAUCCGCAAACGCCUUAAACUCUGUGCUGACUUUAAACGCACAGGCAUGGACUCUAACUGGUGGGUGCUGAAACCUGAUUUCCGGCUUCCGACUGAAGAGGAGAUCAGAGCGAUGGUCUCCCCAGAGCAGUGCUGUGCAUACUACAGUAUGUUGGUGGCAGAGCAGAGACUGAAGGAUGCUGGUUAUGGUGAGAAGUCUUUCUUUGCACCUGAGGAAGAGAACGAGGAAGAAUUCCAGAUGAAGAUAGACGAUGAGGUACGCACUGCACCAUGGAACACAACUCGGGCAUUUAUUGCAGCCAUGAAGGGCAAGUGUCUCCUGGAGGUCACAGGGGUUGCUGACCCCACCGGCUGUGGAGAGGGAUUCUCAUAUGUUAAAGUCCCUAACAAACCUACCCAGCAGAAGGAUGAUCGAGAGCCUCAGCCAGUGAAAAAGACAGUAACUGGGACUGAUGCUGAUCUGAGACGCUUGUCACUCAAAAAUGCCAAGCAGUUGCUCCGCAAGUUUGGGGUUCCUGAGGAAGAGAUAAAGAAACUGUCCCGUUGGGAGGUUAUCGAUGUUGUGAGGACCAUGUCUACUGAGCAGGCUCGUUCAGGAGAAGGACCUAUGAGUAAAUUUGCUCGUGGGUCUCGGUUCUCUGUAGCCGAACAUCAGGAACGUUACAAAGAGGAGUGCCAGAGGAUCUUUGAUCUGCAGAACAAAGUACUUGAGUCCACAGAGGUGUUAUCGACAGACACAGACAGCAGCUCAGCAGAGGACAGUGAUUUUGAAGAGAUGGGCAAGAACAUUGAGAACAUGCUGCAGAAUAAGAAGACCAGCUCUCAGCUGAGCAGAGAGAGAGAAGAGCAGGAGAGGAAAGAGCUGCAGCGAAUGCUGAUGGGAGAAGACAACGAGAGAGAGAGGGGCCGCAAGGAGAGACGCAAAGGCUCGAGUGCCCUCUCCACCAGCUCUCACAAAGAUGAUGAUGCUUCCUCCGUCACUAGCCUAAACUCCUCAGCAACAGGGCGAAGGCUGAAAAUCUACCGCACCUUCUGUGAUGAGGAUGGCAAGGAGUAUGUGCGCUGCGAGACUGUCCGCAAACCGGCUGUUAUUGACGCUUAUCUGCGUAUACGCACUACUAAGGAUGAUGAGUUCAUUCGCAAGUUUGCUUUGUUUGACGAGCAGCACAGGGAGGAGAUGAGAAAAGAACGGCGUAGAAUUCAGGAGCAGCUCCGACGCCUCAAACGAAACCAAGAGAAGGACAGAUUUAAAGGACCACCUGAGAAAAAGACCAAGAAGGCUAAAGAGCGACCAGACCUUAAGCUGAAAUGUGGAGCUUGUGGUGCAAUUGGCCACAUGAGAACCAAUAAGUUUUGCCCGCUGUACUACCAAACCAAUGCUCCCCCCUCCAAUCCGGUGGCCAUGACAGAGGAACAGGAAGAGGAGCUUGAGAAAACUGUGAUCCACAAUGAUAAUGAAGAACUCAUUAAAGUAGAAGGAACCAAGAUUGUGCUUGGAAAGCAACUCAUUGAGAGUGCUGAUGAAGUGCGGAGGAAAUCUCUGGUUCUGAAGUUCCCCAAGCAGCAGCUUCCUCCUAAAAAGAAAAGACGUGUGGGGACGACGGUGCACUGUGACUACCUCAAUCGGCCUCAUAAGUCCAUCCACCGCAGGAGGACAGACCCCAUGGUCACGCUUUCUUCAGUCCUGGAGAGCAUCAUUAAUGACAUGAGGGAUCUUCCAAAUACGUACCCGUUUCACACUCCUGUCAAUGGCAAAGUGGUCAAGGAUUAUUACAAGAUCAUCACGCGGCCGAUGGAUUUGCAGACGUUACGUGAAAACGUUCGCAAGCGCAUGUACCCUUCACGAGAGGAAUUCAGAGAAAGCGUCGAGCUCAUCUUCAAAAACAGCGCUACUUACAAUGGUGCCAAGCAUCCUUUAACUGUUGUAGCUCAAGCAAUGCUGAGUCUAUGUGAUGACAAGAUCAAAGAGAAAGAGGAGCGUCUUGUUCGAUUGGAGAAAGCCAUUAAUCCUCUUCUGGAUGACGAUGAUCAAGUUGCUUUCUCCUUCAUCCUCGACAACAUUGUCACACAGAAGAUGAUGGCCGUACCUGACUCUUGGCCUUUCCAUCAUCCUGUUAACAAGAAAUUUGUUCCUGACUAUUAUAAAGUCAUCAUCAACCCCAUGGAUCUGGACACACUCCGUAAGAACAUCUCCAAGCACAAGUAUCAGAAUCGGGAGGUGUUUCUUUCAGAUGUCGGUCUCAUUCACACCAACAGUGUCAAGUAUAAUGGUCCUGAUAGUCCAUAUACAAAAACUGCUCUAGAAAUUGUGAAUGUGUGCAAGCAGACUUUAGCGGAGUAUGAUGAACACCUGACUCAGCUGGAGAAGGACAUUCUUACCGCUAAAGAAGCUGCUCUGGACGCUGCAGACCUUGAGUGUUUAGACCCAUUAACUCCAGGGCCGUACACACCACAGCCUGAUGUGUGUGAGAACAGUGUGUCUGUGAGUUUGCAGGGAGAUUCUAGUCUGUUAGCCGAGGCUACGCUAAUCCCUCCCACCCCUGAGAAAAGAGGGGGGCAGGGUCGACACAGAGGCAGAUUGGGUGAAGAGGAGUCUGAUGUGGAUAUAGAAGGAUUUGAGGAAGAUGAUGACGGCAAACCCAAAACACCUGCUCCGCACUUUCAGGUUGAAGAUGGAGAUCUGGAUGAUGAGGAUGAUGAUGAUGAAGAUGAUGAGCUCCUCAUGCGGCCACCGAGGCGUAUGCACAUUGAUGAAGAUGACGACGAUGACGAUGAAGGCUCUAGCCGGCCAGCACAGGCCAGUGUGCUUUACCAGGAUCUGCUGAUGUCAGAUGCUGAAGAUGAUGCCAGUGAGGAGGAAGGCGAUAAUCCAUUCUCCUCCAUCCAACUGUCCGAGAGUGGCAGUGAUAGUGAUGCUGACCUAGGACAUCAAGAGAGCACACGGAUUGGACUAGAACAGGAGGAGAGUAUGAUGUCAUAUGAGGGGGAGGGAACUGACGGCUUAACGCAUAUGGAGGACAGCAAUGUCAGCUAUGGCAGCUAUGAUGACGGAGACAGUCAGAUGCAGAGGCAGGUGUCCAGCCCCAGGACAGGAGAGCGAGAUGUAGACGAGGUGUACGGGAUCAGUGAGGAGGAAGAGGAUGAGGAGGAGGAGGACGAGCGCAGGAGAGGCCCGAGUGUCCUCACUCAGGUACAGCUCAGUGACGAUGAGGAGGACAGCGAAGAGUUCAGGUCUGUCGGAGGAGACAGCGACAUGGACUCUGACAACUAACACUUGAGACGCUGCUGUCCUGGUGCUGAUGCUGGUGUUGCACAUAUCUGUAUAUUUUGUAAUGUUCUGGUCCUUGUGCUUUACAUGUUAUUUUUAUAUGACUUAUUGAGCCUGUUUGAAGGACUCUUGACUGCUUUUGUGAUGAAUAAUGUGAGGAAUAAAUUUUUAUGUAUUUAAAA